UUGGUCGCAAGGCUUCGUUCCGGCUCCCGAUUGGUUGCCCCCCGAUCGAUCAAGCGCUCGAGAACCAAUCCUAUGUGUUUAUUCACCGUGGGCGGAGCCAGUUGCAUCCCAAGUUUCCUGUGAAUUCUGAAUUGCCUCGAGCGUGUAAUGCUUCGAAUCUAUAAUAUUGGCCAAUGAGAAAGCCUUACCAGAGAAAUCCCGCAAUUUUGGUUGGCUGGAAAUGAGUGACGUCAGAGUCCAGGGAGAUACAGAUAAGAGAAGGGCUUCUGGACGACGCCGAGGUGGAGGGAGUCAGGUGGGACUGUCAUCCCUAGGUGGUAUAAGGGAGAUGAAGGGCCGGGAACCAAUAUGUCUGCUGUCAGGGCCACUCGGCACUACAAUCAGACCGCGCUCUCUCAUUGGUGGGCUCGUCGACCCUCCAGCACCCUCACCAAGUGCACCAGUCGGGCGAGAAAUAGAUUCGCCAGUAUACAUCACCACCAUUAAGAGCACUGUCAAUUCCAGGAAGCAGGGGACCCCCGUGGCCGAGUCAGAAUUUCAAUUUUUAGCCCGUGAGCGUCAGUCUUUCGUGACAGAGGACAAAAAGUGGAGGUUGAGAGGCAGCAUGGCAGAGGCGUUGGUCGGGUCGGUGGCGGCAGUACGUCGCCAGGUCGGCUGUGGUCAGGUCACGCCUGCCUCUCAGGUCGCGGCGCCCUACGCGGAGUUUUUCACCUCCUUGCCACAGAACCACACGCCCCCGGGACAGCAGUACGCCCACCCAUACGGCCACCACGCCCACCAACAGCCAGGUAGGGCAGAGGUGGGCAACACCAGUCCCAACAAUAACGUGGGCAACUGUCUAAGCCAGUUGGGGCAGGUGGUAAGCCAGGUGGUGACCGCCCCACCUGCUAUACAACUAGGGGACUACGGCGCCGCCUUCACAGCUGGUGUUCCGUCGCAGGUGUCAGCAGGUGGCGUCGUCAGCAGCAGCAGCAGCAGCUCCACCACCAACAGCAACAGCGUCAGCAGGCAGAACAGCAUGCAGCAGCAGCAGCAGCAGUCAGCUUACUGUGAGGAUGAAGAAUUACCUUCAUGUGCCUUCGCUCAUCCGCACCUCCAUGGCCUGCCCUUCCUCGUCCACGGGGAGGAAGGCGAAGAUGAGUACUACCCGACGGGUUCACCUUACCGGGUCCAGCGCCACGCCGCUAACAUCAGGGAGAGGAAACGAAUGCUCAGCAGUAUAAACUCAGCCUUCGAGGAGCUGCGGACCCACGUACCAACCUUCCCCUACGAGAAGCGCCUGAGUAAGAUCGACACCCUGCGGCUGGCCAUCGCCUACAUCGCCCUCCUCCGGGAGCUCCUCACCUCUGAGCUGGACCCCGUCACCCAUAUCGAGAAAGGAUUACGUGGAGAGCUGUCCUCAGACCAGUGUCACAUGUGGAACACUAGCGAUCUGACCGCCAGACUCUCGUGGAUCAACUGGGAGAACCUGGGAGUGAGUCCCAGCAGACGGUCCAUCUUCUCCUCCAUCUCCCUCACUUCAGACUCCAUUAACAAUUGAUCCCAUUGAUGGAGAGGAUGUGGGAUAGGAAGCUGGCGUCACACGAGGGGGGCAAAAAUACCUGGAAAACAGGAGAGAAGGCACCAGUUCGAGGGUUCACAGAGAGAGAAAACACCUUUUCGAAGCGUCACACAGGCGAGAAACCAAUUUUUUGAGGCAUCACACAGGAGAGAAGCCAAUUUUUUGAGGCAUCACACAGGAGAGAAGCCAAUUUUUUGAGGCAUCACACAGGAGAGAAGCCAAUUUUUUGAGGCAUCACAGGAGAGAAGCCAAUUUUUUGAGGCAUCACACAGGAGAGAAGCCAAUUUUUUGAGGCAUCACACAGGAGAGUUGCCAAUUUUUUGAGGCAUCACACAGGAGAGAAGCCAAUUUUUUGAGGCAUCACACAGGAGAGAAGCCAACUUUUGAGGCAUCACACAGGAGAGAAGAUAAUUUUUUAAGGCAUCACACAGGAGAGAAGCCAAUUUUUUGAGGCAUCACACAGGAGAGAUGCCAAUUUUUUGAGGCAUCACACAGGAGAGAAGCCAAUUUUUUGAGGCAUCACACAGGAGAGAAGCCAACUUUUGAGGCAUCACACAGGAGAGAGAGAAAAUGGUGCAUCUGGGGUUACACAAGGAAAUCGCUUUAACGUGAUGUAUAAAUGAGAAAACCCACUAGAGCCACGUGGGAGAUAUGAACCAGCAACGUGGGGCCUCCCAACCUCUCACCUUAUACCUCCAAUUGAUUUGUUUUCACAUGACAAGGGUUGUGAUCGAGAAGAGCAGGCCUGGUUGAUACCUGGUUGAUGGGGUUCUGGGAGUUCUUCUACUCCCCAAGCCCGGCCCGGGGCCAGACUUGACUUGUGAGAGUUUGGUCCACCAGGCUAUUGCUCGGAGCGGCCCACAGGCCCACAUACCCACCACCUAGCUGUGGCGUCGCACAAGAGAUAACGCUUGUUCAUAGCCAUGACAAUAAGAUAACAAAGACUGACGACUCUUCGGGAGUCCGGUGGCUCUGUCAUAUUUUGAACAGGGACUCGAAACUUGGAAAUGACACAGUCCGGAGCACAAGAGAGCACUCGGCUCUCUGUAGCGUUGAACAUGUUGCCAACGUGAGUCUCACUUGUAAAGUCCAAUACGUCUAUGAGAUCUUAUUAAAUCAACAGAUAUAAAUUACUUUUUAGGACAACAACAACACCUCUAGGUAACAGAAAUUUAUAUAAUGGAAAUUAUUAUAUUUGAUUACAAAUUAUAGACGUGAAUUAUGAUAAUCAUCUCCAGUAUACUUUAUGAAAGUAUAUUACUUUUUUCUAGUCAUUAUUCUCAAUAAUGCCAAAGAUUAACUCUAGUCAAAGAAUCAUAGAUACGCUAAGUAGAAUUUAUUCUUAAAUGUGAUACUUAGAAUUUAUUUCUGUAAAAUAUAGACAUGUAUAUUAUUUAUUGCUUCUUGUUGUGAGUAAUAAAUUAAGUAACUUAACGAUUUUAUGCUGACUUUAUCCUGAUUUAGAAUUGUGUGUGUGUGUGUGUAUUUACUGUUGUACCUGCAGAAUC